AUGGCCAUGAACUUUGUGACAUUCAAUCAGGACUAUAGCCAUUUGGCAGUAGGAACCUCGAGAGGUUUCCGCAUCUUCACCACCGAACCGUUCGCAAAGUCAUUUGAAUCCCGCGAUGCCGGCAACGUUGCUAUCCUCGAGAUGCUUUUCUCUACCUCUCUUGUGGCCCUCAUUCUGUCUCCGAGGAGACUUCAGAUCAAAAACACGAAACGAGACCUGAUAAUAUGCGAACUCACCUUCCCUAACGCCGUCCUCGCGGUGCGGCUGAACAGAAAGAGGCUGGUGAUUGUCCUGGAAGAUCAGAUUUACCUCUAUGACAUCCAGACCAUGAAACUGUUGUACACAAUCGAGACAUCCCCAAACCCAGCAGCAAUUUGUGCCCUCUCCCCAUCUCAAGAGAAUUGCUACCUGGCAUAUCCUUUGCCUCAAAAGGCCGUGGCGUCGUCGUUUGCUCCGCCUUCGCAUGCUCCGCCAAACAGUACACAUGUUCCUCCUACCACCGGAGAAGUCCUGCUCUUUGAUGCCGUCAAACUAGAAGCCGUGAACGUCGUGGAAGCUCACCGGUCUCCACUCUCUUGCGUGAUCUUCAACAAUGAAGGAACGCUGCUGGCCACGGCGUCCGACAAAGGCACCAUCAUCCGAGUCUUCUCGGUUCCGGAUGCACACAAACUAUACCAGUUCAGAAGGGGCUCUAUGCCUUCCAGGAUCUACAGUAUGGCCUUCAAUAUAACUUCGACCCUCCUCUGUGUAUCCUCGGCCACAGAGACCGUCCACAUUUUCAAACUCGGUCCGCAACACAGCCGUAACACGGAAGAGGGCGACGAACCUGCCUCCCCGAGCAAGACGAGCAAUACGUUCAGUCGGAGACUAAGUCAAGGUAGCGACACUCUCGUGGACCAACCAGUCGACGAGGAAGACGGAGCAGAAUCCCCCACUGCCAUGGCAAACCGCAAACCCAAUGGAACAUUCAUGGGCCUUCUUCGGAGGACGUCGCAACAUGUCGGGAUCAAUCUGGCCUCCACAGUCGGAGGAUACCUCCCCAAGGGAGUUGCCGAGAUGUGGGAGCCGGCGAGAGACUUUGCAUGGAUUCGACUACCCCGAUCGAGCUCGGGUGCUGCACCAAGCCAGUUGCGCAGCGUGGUGGCCAUGAGUGCCAAUUCACCCCAGGUCAUGGUUGUAACGAAUGAGGGGAAUUUCUACGUCUUUACCAUUGAUUUGGCUAAGGGAGGUGAAGGGCUUUUGACGAAGCAAUACUCGGUCCUUGAUAUAAACGAUAAGAUGGGAGCAUCAGGAAUGGACUUCUGA